AUGAGUUUGAGCGGUCUUCUUGUUGUUGUUUCCGUUAUGCGUCUCCGCUGUACAUUUUUGUGCGUCCCUCCGCAUACUCUGCUCCCUCUUUUCUGCUUCUUUGCUUUGUGUUGCUGCAGGCACACACAACCACACACACACAAGGUGCACAUUGCAGUGGAUUUGAAUGCACCUUUUGUAGUGCAUGCUGGCAGUUGCGUGUGGCGGCUGUUGUCUUCUUCCGUGGCCAUGAGGAGGAGGGAGAGAGGGGCGCGCAGCCCGAGUCUAUUUUUCUGCGGGUGUGAUGCACCGCGUGCGACUGCGCUGAGUUGGGCUCCGUGUCCCAUUGAUGGCGGGAUGGCAGGAAAUUUUGUGCCGCGUGAUGGAUGGAUGAGGGUUCGCUUGCUCCGUGUGCGUUGUGUGGUGGCCGCGGGUUUUUGCCAUUUCCCUGGGGCUGCGGGAAUGAGCUGGGGGAGAUGGUGGUGGAUGUCUUCUCCUCCUGCAUGGUGGGUGGCUGCUGGCGUUGUGUGUCUUCCUUGCGUGGAUGCCGUCUCGUGGUGUGUGAACUGUGCGGCUGGGCCUGCUGCCCUCUCCUCAUGUUGUCUGCUCUCUCGCUGUAUCCGCUGUGCUCCGUCCCUCUCCCUCCCGUUCCAUUCCUUUCCUUUCCGUCGCACCGAUCAGCUGACUGACACCAGCGACUCCACUACGGGCGAUGAUGACUGCGAUGGUGACGGUGCGGCUCCGUGUUGGUCCUUGCGCUCUUGUGCUGCUGCUGCUCGUCCGUGUGCGUGA